UAAUGAGGAGAGACUACACAAAUGGGAGAGAUUUGUGUCGUCCUGCUGUUACGAGAUUUGCUACUCACUUUUUAAGCAUCCAAUGUUUGUUGAAAUUUAAGAAGGAACUUAGACAAAUGUUUACAAGUGAUGCAUGGGUUGGUUCUCGGUAUGCAAGAAGCAAUGUUGGGAAAGAAAUAUGUGAAAUUAUCUUGGAAGAUAAAGAAUUUUGGUCUAAUUGCAUAGUAGUUGUCAAAAUCAGUGAACCUUUGGUGAGAAUGCUUCGACUUGUGGAUAAUGAAGAGAAGCCAAGCAUGGGCUACUUGUAUGAGGCAAUUGAUAAGGCAAAGGAGACAAUAAAAAAGAAUUUUAAUAAUAGGUUGUCUCACUACAUGCCUUACGUUAAUGUGAUUGAUGCUAGAUUGGAUAAGCAACUUUAUAGCCCAUUACCUGCAGCUGGUUGCUUUCUUAAUCCAGGUAUCUACUUUAAACCUAGCUUCAACAAACAAACUACUGUUAUGAGAGGUUUGCUUAAUACUUUAACAACAUUGAUACCGGAUGAGGAUAAGCAAGAUCUCAUUAGUUCACAACUUGAGGAGUAUAAAAAAGCUACAGGGACCUUUGGCAUGAGUUUGGCUAUUCGUCAGAGAGAAAAGUUAACUCCAGUUGCAUGGUGGGAUCAAUUUGGAACGGAUGCACCCGAAUUGCAAAAGUUUGCAAUUCGAGUGCUUAGCCAAUGCACAAGUGCAACUGGAUGUGAAAGGAAUUGGAGUGCUUUUGAUUUUAUUCAUUCUAAGAGGAGGAACAAGCUAGAGCAUGAAAGGUUGAAUGCCCUUGUGUUUGUUCGUUAUAAUUUGAAGCUUCGAGAAAGGGGCAAAGAAGCAAUGGAUCCUCUUAGUCUUGACAAUAUUGACAUAUUAGCUGAUUGGGUGGCUGAGGAGCCAACUCUUCUUGAUAAAGAUGAUUAUGAUGUAGAUUGGGCAGCAAUUGAUGAAUCUUUGCCAAAUCAAAUCCUUGAUGAUACUGAUAGUAUUGUUUAUGAUGAGGAAGAUGUCCCACAAGUUCCUCUUGAAAAUGAAAGUGAACAACUUUGGACUGGAGUUGGUGGAGUUACAGGUUAUGGAAUUCCUCCAGAUGAGGAUCCUUAUAAUUAUGUACAAGAUCAUUAAUUUUGUUGUUUGUUUAUAAUUGUCACUUGACAGAAACAAUUGAAGAACUCUUGUGAUGAACCAUUAAGUAUCUGUUUCAUCAUUCAGUCUUUUUAACUUUUAUAAAUUGAAUGUGAUUUG